CCUUAGAAAAAGCCCCCCACCCAGGAGUAACUGGAAAGAUCUAUGCAACUGGGAGCCUCCCAGUGAAGUGAAUUGUUUUGAGCCUGAGGCUCCAGCCAAUAUGAAAGUGGCUCUUCAAACCAUCAUCUGCGGGUGUGUUCUAGCCACAGUUUUACCUCUGGUGAAAGGCACAGUUUUACCUCUGGUGAAAGGCACAGUUUUACCUCUGGUGAAAUGCACCAAAGUUGACCUCAACUCCAACAUGAAAAAGAGAUUUAGAGUCUGGUUACAGAGCUGCACGAGAGCAGAUCUCCACAGCAGCUCUGCAGUGGACUCAGGGAUCCUCAGUGGACCAGUGCAGAGAAAGGAGACAGAGCCCUCAGUAUUUCAUUCCAGGUCCAGAAGAUCCAUUGUGACCUCAGUGAAAAGACCAGGCUGCUCUCUGGGCACAUGCAGCCUGCAUGACCUGGCCCAUCGGCUGCACAUCCUCAACAACAAGUUAAAGGUCAACAGAGCCCCGGAGGACAAGAUCAGCUCACAGGGUUACGGUCGCCGCCGCAGGUCACCACAGUCACUCCCACAACGCUACGUUACGCUAAGUCUCCAAGCAGGCAGAGUGAGACUGGACUGCAGCAGCGAGUGCAGCCAAGGACUCCACCUACAGGCCAUCCCACUCAGACAAACUUGAGUCGGGAGAGAACAGGAAGAGGAGUGUCAAUCUAGCAAAUGUCAGGCGCUUUUUCUAUGUUUUGGGCUGGCUGAGAUAUUACUGAGGUCCUAUUCCUGAACAUUCCUUUCCUGCGUGGAUGGACAAGGUCAAUGGAGCAGGAAACAAAUGUCACGCCACUGUGGAUGGAAGACAGAAGAGAAAGAGGGGAGGGAGGAAGGAGUGUGUGUGUGUGUGUGUGUGUG